AUGAAAAUUUUACUCGUUCUGUCGGGCAAAGGUGGAGUGGGCAAAAGCACUUUUUGUGCAGCUCUAGCUGCAGUGCUAUCGCUCAAGCAGGGGAAAAAAGUAUUAAGAGUUGCUGAUCCUAGAUCGGAAUACUGGAUGCCGAUUUAUGUGGCCCAUCGCUUCCAGGCCUAUUUCCCCAAAAUAACAGACCCAUUUUGCAAUCUCAACAGGGGUACUCUCUGGAUUCCCCUCCCAUGUGAGGAGAUUGAAAAUGGAUCUAUCCGUGUGAUUUCAAUAGGCUAUUUGCUUUCUAACUCUUCUGAUGCUAUCGUUUGGCGGGGCCCCAAAAAGACAGCGAUGUUGAAACAAAUGUUCACCGGAGUCGCUUGGGGAGACUGUGAUUUCCUUAUUAUUGAUACCCCACCGGGAACAUCGGAUGAGCAUAUCACUCUUGCCCAACUCUUGGCAGAUGAUGCUAGGUUUUUGGGCGCCAUUGUUAUCUCAACCCCUCAGUUUGCGUCUCUUUCGGAUGUCCAAAAGGAGCUGGAGUUUUGCAAGCUAGCCAAUAUCGCAUGCAUUGGGCUCGUCGAAAAUAUGAGGGAUGUCAUUUGUGAGCAUUGUGGGACUUGUACGUCAGUAUUUGGGAGCGGGGAAGGCGUCUCAUCUCUCGCUAGCCACUACGGCGUUCCUUUCCUUGGAAGCAUUCCAUUGGACCCCAAAUCUCUACAAACGUCUUCUUCGCAUUCUUUUAUUACCAAAUUCAUAAGUUCAAGCGUCGUAGAGCAAGUAGAGGCAAUAGCAUCAUGCUUAUAA